AUGCCAUCACUUUUACCAAUUGCAUGGUGUUUCCUCUUCAAUUGGGUUGCUGUGAAGGCUUUAGUCCCCAUUCAUGUGGUUCUAAGUCAUUUAUUAGGUUGUUUGCUUCCUGCUAAUAUUGGUAAUUUUGGAGUAGUGCAGGUUUGUUAUGUGGAUGUGGGGAAUGUCCUGACAUUUGAAAUUGUUGUCCACUCCAUGAUUCUCUUUUGGCUCACUUUGGAAAGCAUUAAGAAGGAUAGUUUGUCAAAGAACUUGAGUGAGUCUAUGACGCUUGUACUAGACAUGGUUGAGCAGUCUAUGACUCUCGACAAUUUUUGGAGAUCCAGUCAAAUGAUCUCUACUUGGCGGUUCAAGUCAUGGUUUCUUUUACUGGCAGACGAGUCGUCAAUGGUUAGACAAGCAUCCAUAGCUUCUCUGAUGGACAUCACUUCUUCGCUUUCUCCCCAUUACAUGGUAAAGCUUGCUGAAAUUGCCACUUCUGAGGUCAUCUCACCGAAGGUUGAAAGAAGUGACUUUUGGGACACUGUGUUUUCAGCAUCUGUUGACAAGGUUUGUUCUCUUUCAUUGUCUGACUUCCGCAUUAUUUCCCAGAGAGUGAACUUGAUGCCAGGUUACAUGGGCCCAUCAAUGGAGCCACCUGCAUUUCCUAGUGAAACACCUGGAUCAAUAAAAGAGUUUGUAAAGGAAAAAUACCGCCUUCCAAGAUUGGACCUUGAUGAAUUUUCCCCAGAAAAAGCUGGUAGGCAGUGGAAAUUCAACUGGUUUGAUAGAGCAGAAGUUGCUUGGAGCCGUCAUUGCUCUGCUCUGUUGUCGUUCCCGCAUGGGAAUUAUCUUUUAGACGUACAAAGAGGGAGCUUGAAAAAUGGGAACCUAGUUCGGUGUAGUGUCCUAGGUGGGAUGUAUCAGAACUUACUACAGGAGCCGAGGAUUCUAGUGCUUUGCCACGCAUUUCUGGACCUUGCAACGGAUUUUGUAAAGGGAAGCAUCAACAACCAUCCUUUUCAUCCCCGUGGUUUGGAUGAUUCUGAGUCUUUUGGGAUGAUAGUUCCAGAUGAUGCUUCUAAUGGUGAAUGGGUAUGGGAAGUGCUUAAUGGUGGUCCUGCCCUGGCCCUUCCUCCAAGCUUUAAAGAAGGUCUGGAUUUUGGGGAUCUUAAGAAGGCACAUCAUUUCUCUUGGAAUAUUUAUGAAGGUCAAAGUGCAACCGAGAACACAUCAGAAGUGAGCUGGUCAGUUGUUGCUUUGCA